AAAUGUUCACAUUUCUAAGACAACACUGACCAUUAUCUUACAAGAGUACUUGGGUAGUGAUCUCGGAGUAGCAUUACUAGAAGGAUUAUGCGUUGUAAGUACUGAUAGGCGGCUCGGAGAUCAUCUCGGAAACCGGGGUUACAAUUCGGAGUGGCGCGAGGAGGAUCAGCACUUUCACAAUCUUCGACAACGCCAAUAAAGCCAUGUCUAACAUGUCCGGGUGAUGUAGUUCUCACCUCGUCAAUCUAGGUGCACUUCCUGUAUUAGCAGCUAGUUUAUUGAAGAACUAUCGUCGAUAUAGACUCAAAUUAGGACCAAACCGAAGUCGCACGUGACGAUGGCGACAUAUUUGAUUGCUAUGGCGAAUCGACCCUUUAUCCCAUUAGUCGUUAACCACGAUACAGUGCCGCCACGAUGUCAUACGGAUCCCUAGGCCCCUCUACCCCGACGAUCGGUACUAGCCAUACUCACUCGAACGUCUACUUGCAAGUAGAACCGAUCGGUUACGACAAUUCUUGUACUUAAAAUACAUGGAGAAUAUCAUGGGCGAUAAAGCAAAAAUAAAAUCCGUAGCCGUGGUUGGUGCGGGCGCUGCAGGAGCUAUCACGGCGGCAGCACUACAUGCUGAAAACUACUUUGAGACAAUCCGAGUCUUUGAAAGACGGGAGGCACCUGGUGGAACAUGGAUAUUCGACCCGGAUCCGCAGCCAAAUCUUGAACUUCGGCCGGGAAGGUUUCCUCCGGAUGUCGAUCCGCCGUUAAGGAUUCCUGAUCAAUUACCCCGGAUCACGGCUCCUAAUCAACAAGAGCGGUUCUCUAAGACGCCUAUAUAUGCAUCUUUAACGACCAACGUUCCCGACGUCGCUAUGUGUUUCUCUGACCAGCGGUUCGCGUAUGGACCCUUCGCACCGCAUUGGGUUCCGCGUCAGUACGUUGAGAGCUACUUCGCGCAUCAUAAGACGGAUCCGCUAUUAAGCCUCAGUACGACCGUCGAGGACGUGUCUAAGUUACCCCACGAUAGAUGGAAAUUGACCCUUCGGAAAUACGACUCGGCGCGUCACGUCGACGUUUGGUGGGAAGAGGAGUUCGACGCAUUGAUCUUAGCUAACGGCCAUUAUUCCGUCCCUUAUGUUCCACAAGUAAAAGGCCUAGAGGAAUACUUAAAGAAAUUCCCCGGUCGCGUAUUGCAUUCUAAGUACUACCGUUCACCUCUACCGUAUAUCUCUAAGAAGAUCGUCAUCAUCGGUAACUCAGCGUCGGGUCAUGAUCUCACGGCCGAGUUGGUCUCUACCGCAAGUCUCCCCGUAUAUCAAUCGCGGCGUUCCAAAUCACGCUGGGAUGGGGAUGAGCCACCAGCAGGCAUCGCAUGGAAACCUAUCAUUUCGGAGUACGUACCAGAGACCGGACGCAUCAUAUUCGAAGACGGGACGUACCUUGAUGAUGUCGACACCGUAUUUUACUGUACAGGCUACAAAGCCUCAUUUCCAUUCUGGAACGAAUCAGUCAACGGCCGCCCCCUAUGGGACUACACCAACGACAAACUGCACCAAACAUACUGGCACACCUUCUUCCGCGACUUCCCAACCCUAGGCGCCGUCGGCGUACCCCGGGCCCUAACCUUCCGAAGUUUCGAGUACCAAGCCGUAGCUCUAGCCCGUCUCUUCUCGGGUCGUAACACUGCUUCCCUCCCUCCCCUCGCCGAGCAAGAACGGUGGGAGCGUAAUCGCUUACAGGAUACUAAGCGACGGGGAAAGAAAUUCCACGAUGUACCCUGGGAAAACGGGCAGACGUUAGAGUGGUUGGGCGGACUGUUUGAUAUCGCGGGGUUAGGAACGUUGAGAGGGGAGGGGCGGAUACCGCCUGCGCUUACGCAGGAGAUUGUCUGGGCUAUUGAGCAUUUGAGGAAGUACCCUGAGCCUGGGAAAGGCAAGGAUAAGGAUAAGGAGAUUGAAGAUAAGGAGGCAGAAUGGGUGUUGGUGGACAGGGAACAGAAGGAUUUAUUGGCAUUCAUAUAGAAGUGACCGGUUGAAAUAUCGCGUCACUCUGUAUGUAAUUCGCUCGGACAUUGGUGUUGUAGAUAUUCGCAUUCCUUGCACAGAUUGUUUUUACACGCGAUGGAACAUAGUAGUCAACUCCAUGUCA